AUGGCUAGAGAGACGCUCCAACAGCAGCUUGAGAAGCUCACGCGUCCCCAGAAGGACUUUGACAUUGAGGACGAAGAGUUGAAGGUCGAUGCGUUUGACCGUGACGGGUCUGGAAGUGAGUCAGAAUCAGAGAACGAAACUGCAAAGAGAGACCACUAUGUUACUGUAGGGGAGUCGGCAUUAAGAAAGAGUGAAGCAGUUCGUUUAGGUGGCAAGUAUAAGGGAAGUGCUAUAUCUAGAGAUGAGUUGUAUGGGGAGCAGCAGGAAGUCUCUGAUGAAGAGGAGGAUGCAUCUGAAGCAUUUGAGGAUGAACAGGAACAAGCAGAAUCCGAUGAUGAUUCUGGAGCUUCGUUAAGAGCUAAUUCUGACGACGAAGAAGACGAUGACGACGAUGACGACGACGAUGACGACGACGACGACGAUGACGAUGGCGACGACGAUGACGAUGGCGACGAUGACGACGACUUAGCUCACAAACGGAAUAAGUUGAAACAAAUGAUGUCUAAUGAAAAGAAACAUAUCGUUAGUCGUUUAUCCCAAGACGGAAGCAACAAUGCAUUAAAAGGAUAUGCCAUUCUACAACAGAAUAAACUAUUUGAUUCAUUGAUUGAGUCUCGGAUGAAGGUGCAACCGGCUAUCACCAAUAGUAACCUUUUGCCUGCCAAUAGUCUAGUAUUGGACCAUGAAGGGUUAUCUACUAAGAAAACAGAGAAAUACAUAGCCAAGGCUAAGGAUGCUUGUUAUGAUCUUUUGGAUAGAAUAUUUGUAUUGCGUCAACAAAUGAUCGAGACUGAAUCUAUUUCCACCACCAAAGUCAAACAUCCAAAGAAGAGAACGUUAUCCAAAUAUUUGGCUACUAGCGAAUCAUAUGACUCCAUAUUGAACAAGUACAGACAGUCGGUUCUUGUUAAAUGGUCAGCUAAGAUCCAGAACACCAGUGGAUCCAGUGCUAUCAACAGUGGCAAGUUCAAAGUAAUCAACCAAUCAGCAGAGCAACAAGUUCAGAACAACUUGAUGGAUAUGGAUAGACUCGUCAAGAGAACAAAAACCAAUAGAAGACAAAUCAUUCCCUUGGGCCACAAAUAUUAUGUGGAACAAGCAAAUGAUGAAAAACCGCAUAAAGAUGAAGCAGACAAUGAAGAUGAUGAAGAUGACGAAGAAAAUAUUGAUAUUCCAAAAGAUCAAGGUAAAGAUAAAAAUAGCAUGGAACAAGUUGAUACUAUUUUUGAUGAUGAAGACUUUUAUAGACUAUUACUUAAUGAUUUGGUUGACCGGAAGAUUCAAGCUCAGAAUCCAACCAGUGGUUUGAACAUCACUAUGAGAAGUGCCAGGGCCACCAAGUUCAAGAAGAACGUGGAUACCAAGGCUUCCAAGGGAAGAAAGUUACGGUAUCAAGUCCAAGAACCCAUUGCUAACUUUGAGACUUCAAAGGGAGGAUGGAAAUGGAACGAUGAACAAAUAGAUGAGUUCUUUGCAUCUUUAUUGGGCCAGAAGGUUAAUAUGGAAGAAGAAGAUGAAGAGGAAAUGGAUGGGGAAGAAGAAUUGAUCACUACUGGUGAAGAAGCCAUUAGAUUAUUCGGAUAA